AUGACAAGGUAUGGCGGUGAGCGGCAUGUCAUCUUCAUCACAAGCAAGAAAGGGAUUCAGAUUACGGCCAUGACUACCGAGGUCUCGUACGUCAUGUCAAUGGGCUUCUUGAAGCUUAGCAUCCUCGCCCUCUACGGAUCCAUCUUCCCAUAUCGCCGCUUCCGUCACUGUCUCUGGGCACUGGGAGUCUUCACGCUCUCAUGGUCGCUGAUGAGUGCCACCGGCGCUAUAUGUCAAUGUAUUCCGAUUGAAUCAUUUUGGGAUGAUUCUCUCGAAGGCCACUGCAUACAGUACGGAAUCCUACAGCUUGUCACCACUGUAUGCUGUUACGGUGCUGCUCAGAAAAAGAGGUGGAUUUAUUUCUCGUUUGCCAUGGGCGGGAGUGCUUGUGUUGUUAGUAUCAUCCGUCUCGUGUUCGCUCUCCAAGUCGGCUCGCUCGACGGCUCUUGGGAUGCGGUACCAGCAGCAUGGGCCUCUGAGGCCGAGAUAUGCGCCGGCUUUCUCGUCGUGUCAAUUCCCACCUACCGACCCAUCUACCGCAAGAUCGUGUACGGGUCUGCUGAUGCUCUGGAUCCUCGGACGGGAAAGUCCUAG